AUGAUGGAGCUGAGAAGCAUCGGUGAGAGUGAUGGAUUCACCUUUUGGCUGGCACAACCCGAGGAUUAUGAUGCUGUGAUGGACAUCUCAGAUAACAUAUAUGGUGGCAACGACUACUUGCCCCACCGCUACCACUCCUGGAUGACUGAGCCAAAUAGAGUGGUGAUACUUGCAAAGAGGGAGGGAAAACUGGUGGCGUUGGAAUCAGGCCUGGUGGUGGAUGAGGGGCACACAGUUGUUGUGGAAGGGUUACGGGUGUGUCCAAAUGAAAGGGGAAAAGGCGUGGCAAGGAUAAUUCAGAGAUGGGUUCAACAGUACAUACGCCAACUGUACCCCAGCGUGAGAGUCUUGCGUCUGACCAGAAACAAUGACUCUGGACCGGAGAAGUUGGCCAAAUUUACAGUGCUGGGCAAGCGGGCAAUUCUUUCAAUUUGUGGUAAGGCAGAGAAUCUUGAUAGCUUCCUGUCCAUCUUGAAAGCCAAGCUUGAUCCUGAGCCCAUGCUGACGGUCUUGGAUGAGGUGCAACUGAGAGGCCUGCUGCUGGAUUCUGAACUCGGCUCCCGUCUCCAGCUUCCGGGGGAUGCAAUGAUCGUAGACUGGCAGCCAUUACAGCCAAUUGAAAGCAAUCUGGAGGUCUUUCAGAGACGAAACCUGACAUGGUUGGCUGACAGGUCGGUGUCACCUACUUUCCUCAGUGUUCAUACGCCACCGUACCCAGUUCCGUACAAUGGAGGCUCCCUCCGCUUCAAUAUCGACCUGUUUGGAACCAGCCAAUCACUGGCACACCUAGCUUUGGUGUCCCACCUGGAGAGGGUGAGGGGUAAGAUCCAGGGGGUGGUAUGGAUAUUUGUGUACAUGCAGAGGUCAUUGUGGAAGGGAAUGAGGGAGUACUGUGAGAGUUUGACUGAUGUGGUAAGUUUCAGGGACUACUGGGAGCAAGUGAUUCUGGAGAGGCCCUUCUGAGAAAGAGUAACAGAACUCCUGGUGCUUUCCUCACAUCUGACCUUAGCAACAGGGAGAUGAGAGAAGAGAGGGAGCACUUGAGAAGCAGUCAUUCGUGUUAAUGUUAUUAUAUAGUGAUACUGUUCUGAAGCAUGAUACAUAUCAUUGAGAACAUAUCUGAUUAAGAAAUAAUCACCUGGAUUGAAUUAAAUUAAAUCUUUUCUGCAAUACCAUUUCAAGGGAGUUGCACUGAUGAAGCUCAUGAUUAUGGAAACAACAGAAACUAUGAGCUAAAGUAAACAGACUUGAUUUCAUCUUAAUGUUCAAGUUAGUAAUCAUUUCACAAUCAAAGGAGUGGAUGUUGUCAAAUUAAAAUAUGAAAUAGAAUAAAUUUGGAGUAUAUGUAUCAUGGCAUGUCUGCUUUAUGUAGGCUACUUGUUAAUGCAAUAAUCAGAAAGAACACAAUUGCUGUUUGUGUUGUAUGUAUGGAGAAUAUGAAUUAAAGUUCAACUUAACUAUUAA